UAGCCCCGCCUCUUCCUCUCGGUCCCAUAUUGAACUCGAGUUGGAAGAGGCGAGUCCGGUCUCAAAAUGGAGGUAAAACCGCCGCCCGGCCGCCCCCAGCCCGACUCCGGCCGUCGCCGCCGCCGCCGGGGGGAGGAGGGCCAUGAUCCAAAGGAACCAGAACAGUUGAGAAAACUGUUUAUUGGUGGUCUGAGCUUUGAAACUACAGAUGAUAGCUUAAGAGAACAUUUUGAGAAAUGGGGCACACUUACAGAUUGUGUGGUGAUGAGAGACCCCCAAACAAAACGUUCCAGGGGCUUUGGUUUUGUUACUUACUCUUGUGUUGAAGAGGUGGAUGCAGCAAUGUGUGCUCGACCACACAAGGUUGAUGGGCGUGUAGUGGAACCAAAGAGAGCUGUUUCUAGAGAGGAUUCUGUAAAGCCUGGUGCCCAUCUAACAGUGAAGAAAAUUUUUGUUGGUGGUAUUAAAGAAGAUACAGAAGAAUAUAAUUUGAGAGACUACUUUGAAAAGUAUGGCAAGAUUGAAACCAUAGAAGUUAUGGAAGACAGGCAGAGUGGAAAAAAGAGAGGAUUUGCUUUUGUAACUUUUGAUGAUCAUGAUACCGUUGAUAAAAUUGUUGUUCAGAAAUACCACACUAUUAAUGGGCAUAAUUGUGAAGUGAAAAAGGCCCUUUCUAAACAAGAAAUGCAAUCUGCUGGAUCACAAAGAGGUCGUGGAGGUGGAUCUGGCAACUUUAUGGGUCGUGGAGGAAACUUUGGAGGUGGUGGAGGUAACUUUGGCCGUGGUGGAAACUUUGGUGGAAGAGGAGGCUAUGGUGGUGGAGGUGGUGGCAGCAGAGGUAGUUACGGAGGAGGUGACGGUGGAUAUAAUGGGUUUGGAGGCGACGGUGGUAACUAUGGCGGUGGUCCUGGUUACAGUAGUAGAGGAGGCUAUGGUGGUGGCGGACCAGGAUAUGGAAACCAAGGUGGUGGAUAUGGUGGCGGUGGUGGCGGAUAUGACGGUUACAAUGAAGGAGGGAAUUUUGGAGGUAACUAUGGUGGUGGUGGGAGCUAUAAUGAUUUUGGAAAUUAUAGUGGACAACAGCAAUCAAAUUACGGACCCAUGAAGGGGGGCAGUUUUGGUGGAAGAAGCUCGGGAAGCCCCUAUGGUGGUGGUUAUGGAUCUGGUGGUGGAAGUGGUGGAUAUGGUAGCAGAAGGUUCUAAAAACUCAGAAGAAAAGGGCUACAGUUCUUAGCAGGAGAGAGAGCGAGGAGUUGUCAGGAAAGCUGCAGGUUACUUUGAGACAGUCGUCCCAAAUGCAUUAGAGGAACUGUAAAAAUCUGCCACAGAAGGAACGAUGAUCCAUAGUCAGAAAAGUUACUGCAGCUUAAACAGGAAACCCUUCUUGUUCAGGACUGUCAUAGCCACAGUUUGCAAAAAAGUGCAGCUAUUGAUUAAUGCAAUGUAGUGUCAAUUAGAUGUACAUUCCUGAGGUCUUUUAUCUGUUGUAGCUUUGUCUUUUUCUUUUUCUUUUCAUUACAUCAGGUAUAUUGCCCUGUAAAUUGUGGUAGUGGUACCAGGAAUAAAAAAUUAAGGAAUUUUUAACUUUUCAAUAUUUGUGUAGUUCAGUUUUUCUACAUUUUAGUACAGAAACUUUAACAAAAUGCAGUUUUGAAGGUGUUUCCUUGUGAGUUAACAAGUAAAGAAGAUCAUUGUUAAUUACUAUUUUGUAUGAAUUUUGCUAAAGUUAACUGUAAAGAAACACCUGCUGACUUGCAGUUUAAGGGGAUCUAUUCUCCCCAUUUCCAAACCAUGAAAUGAAUGGGCUCUGACAUGUGGAGAGAAUAGAUAUUUGUAUGUUUGCAAUGUGUGUUUUAGAUAAUAGAAUUGGGUAUUUAAAUUAGCAUAUUUGUGAAUUUAAUAGCAUUAAGAUUUACUUCAAAUGAAAAAUCUCAAAAUUCCUAUUUGGUUUUUGUGCAUUUUCUUUCAAAAUGUAAUCAUAUGAUUUUAGUGUAUUAGCUUUGCUGAGAGUCCUAGCUGUGUUUAGAACAUCUCCAUUCUACAUUCACCUUGGUCACAUGUGAACUGCCAUAGUUUUAUUUGGGUGUAAAGAAUGUCUCCUGCCCUCUGUUUAAAUUCUGGAAAGGGAUAGUGAAUGUUUUCCGUUUCCUCCUACCUUAAGAAACAUUCUUAAAGUCUUUAAAAUACAGGACCACUAAGCCUGCUCUAUCUGAGCGAAUUAGUGGCUACCUUUUUUUUUUUUCCUUUUUAAAGCACAAGAGGCCCAUAAAUCUUCAGUUAUUUUCCUUGGUUUAAUAUAUAUUUUUUUGAUACAAGCUCUCAGAGCAAGAGAAUAAAAAUCAUGCAUUGUUGAA